CUCCAGCUUUGUAGUUCCGGGUCACCGUCCUGUCCUGCCGGGACAAAAUAAAGCAGUUACAGUUACACUUUGUGAUGGGAGGUCAGAUUUAACGGCUCUAUGUGGCGUAUUUUGGGUUGAAGUAUUCACUGGACGUAUUUGUGUUGAUUAUUUGUAAAAACAAAGAACUUUGCAUUCAGUUGUGAGCAGUUUGUGAUCAACAUGGCUCCAACGAUUCAGACACAAGCUCAACGGGAAGACGGCCACAGUAGGCAGUCAUCUCACAGAACAGUCCCAGAGAGGUCAGGAGUGGUUUGUCGGGUGAAAUACUGCAACAGCCUGCCUGACAUCCCCUUUGACCCAAAAUUCAUCACAUAUCCGUUUGAUCAGCACAGGUUUGUACAGUAUAAAGCCACCUCUCUAGAGAAGCAGCACAAGCAUGAGCUCCUGACCGAGCCAGACCUAGGGGUCACCAUCGAUCUCAUCAACCCAGACACCUACCGCAUAGACCCCAACAUACUGUUGGAUCCCGCUGAUGAAAAACUGUUGGAAGAGGACAUCCAGGCUCCGUCCAGUUCUAAGAGAUCACAGCAGCAUGCUAAAGUGGUCCCAUGGAUGAGAAAGACAGAGUAUAUUUCUACAGAGUUUAACAGAUACGGUGUCUCCAACGAGAAAGUGGAAGUCAAGAUUGGAGUGUCUGUCAAACAGCAGUUUACAGAGGAAGAAAUCUACAAGGACAGAGACAGCCAAAUCUCUGCCAUUGAGAAGACAUUUGAGGAUGCACAGAAAUCGAUUUCACAGCAUUACAGCAAACCCAGAGUUACUCCUGUGGAGGUACUGCCUGUGUUCCCAGACUUCAAGAUGUGGAUCAACCCAUGUGCUCAGGUCAUCUUUGACUCUGAUCCUGCACCUAAAGACAUAUCAGGACCAGCAGGAGUGGAAAUGAUGUCUCAGGCCAUGAUCAGAGGUAUGAUGGAUGAGGAAGGAAAUCAGUUUGUGGCCUACUUCUUGCCCAAUGAAGAAACACUUCGCAAGCGCAAGAGAGAUUUUGAGGAGGGUGUGGAUUAUAUGGCAGAGGAUCUGUAUGAUUACAAGAUUGCAAGGGAAUACAACUGGAAUGUGAAGAACAAAGCUAGCAAGGGUUAUGAGGAAAACUACUUCUUUAUCUUCAGAGAUGGAGAUGGUGUUUAUUACAAUGAGCUGGAGACAAGGGUGCGUCUGAGCAAGAGGAGAGCCAAGGCUGGAGCACAGUCAACCACAAACGCUGUGCUGGUGUGUAAGCACAGAGACAUGAAUGAGAAAGAGCUUGAAGCCCAGGAAGCACGUAAAGCUCAGCUGGAGAACCAUGAGCCAGAAGAUGAAGAAGAAGACAUGGAUAAAGACAUGCAGGACUCUGGUGAUGACAAAGACAAAGGCAGCGGCAGUGAGGCAGAGAACUCUGGCAGCGAUUCCGACCGGGAUGAUGAUGACCGGGAACAAAGGGGAGAGGACGAGGACGAGGACGAGGACAGAGGAAAGAGAAGGAGGAAAGCAAGCGGCAGCGGCAGUGAGAGCGGCGAGGACAGGGCCAGAGAAAUGCGAGACGAGGAAGAGAUCUUUGGCAGCGACGACGACAGCGACGACAACGAGCCCAAGAACUCAGCCAGGAGCAGCGGGGACGAGGGCAGCGGAAGCGAGGACGAAGGAGGCAACAGAGGAGGCAGCAGGAGUCGCAGUGCCUCUCCGGCGCAUAGCGACCGCAGCAGUGAUCAUUCAGAGGCCCGGGCGCAGAGCGGAAGCGGAAGUGACAGAGGCUCAGACUCCAGCGAUGCCAGUGACAGUGAAUAAGAUCUGUGGUCCGGACAGCGUGGAGAUGGCCACUUAUCUUAUCUGUAUGUGCAGUUCCAAACAUGGCAGCGUUAUGCUGUCGCUGUCCCUUUAUACUAAUUCGGUCUGGGGCUGUAGCCUCUCAGUGAUUGCAAAUAUCAAAUUAAAUUUGUGUGUGAGAUGCUCAUUACUUUUGGACUGGGUACAUCUCUCUUUAUUACAGUUUUUAUUUGUAGAUUUAGCUCACGCACUAGUAGCUGUUUGUAUACCAUUCCUCUGUUUUUUGUCUGUCAGAUAUUUAGUACAGGAUCGUGUAACAAAAAAAAAAAAAGUCUUUGUUCUCUCAGCUUUUCACACAUGAUUGCGUUAUGGCUUUGAAACUGAUAAUAAUAAAAUGCAGGUGAUGUUUUUUUAAGAA